AUGUCCUACUUCGGCAAGAUGGGCGGCGCGGCAUCGUGGAAGGGUCCGGGCAAGAAGGGCAAGAAGGCCACUGGAAAGAAGGGAACGGGGCCGAGCGGCAAGAAGGACUGGCUUCGCAAGGUGGCCUGGGGUGACCGCUUGCCGAAGUACUUCCUUCGCCCAUACGUGGAUCAGACGGGAAGCCCAUUUGCCGGGGGCAGCAUCGAGGAGAAGAACUUACUCAGCACCUCCCAUCUCCAGACUGUGCUCGACGAGAAGUGCUCCGAAUACUGCGCCCGACAGGGCGUCGCCCUCUCGGAGGGGGCCGCGAACCUUGAGGCCGGAGCGGCUCUGCUGGGUUAUCACUUCGUCAAGGAUCCCAAAGCAGCAAUACAAAAGCUCGGCAUCCAAGAGCUCCUGGACGAGUUUGACUCCACCGAGGGGAAGAAAUUCCUCGAGGCUUGCCGAUACUUGAACACGUCAAACGAGGACCUCGAGCGCAAUCAAGAUGCGACGUCGCAGGCCGUCAAGCGGUACCUCCGCUUCUUUAUGUCUCAGGAGGGCAAGAAGGAGCUCUGCUUCAAGAAGUUAGCCCGGUUUGCGGCAAGGCUCUACUUGUUUGCGUUCGAAGGCCUCGAAGCAAUCACUGCCAUCAACCAUCCCCGGGUCAUGGCAGCAGGCGUUCAGCGUGUGGGCACAGAGUACAAUCUUCCCUCCUCUUCCCGGACAUGGCUGAAAAAGCCCGAUGACCAAGAGGCAAUGCUGUGGUCCUUCGUCAGUGCCUUUCACCAGCAGAAGGUCGACAGCGGCAAGAAGCGGGCCGCUUCCUCCCUCUUCGAGGACUGGGAUGAGCCCGUUGAAGACGGCCACUGGACAGGCGGCUACGCCAAUGCCUGGGGUUACGAUGACGACGAGGAAGGCCAGGAGGAAGAACGAGAGGCUCCCAAGGGGGUUGGCAACAAGCGCCCGAGGCGCGGCAACAUCGGCAAGUCUGCGCAUCCAAAGGACGCCUUGGCGUCGGACGAGGAAGAUACUGCCGCCGAGCCGAUCGACCUCCAGUCAUCGCCAGAGCCCGUCCCGGAGGUGGAGCUGGAGCUCGGCGACUACUCCAUGGAGGCGUUGGAGAAGCUGAAGACCUGUCUGGACGAGGUGGCCAACAAGGAUGCAAGGGAGCGUCCUCCCGUCUCUGUUUUGCAGGAGGACUUGAAGGCUGUGCCGACCUCUGCGUUGCGAUCCCUUGACCUGGAGGUGACCGUGAAAGCGUUCUGCGACAAGACCCGCUACCCCAAGACCGAAAACCUUCAGAAGCUUCUCGCCGUGCUGCAGAAAAUGGCUGCCAGCCUGGAGGAGGCGCUGAAGGCAAAGCCCGACACCGGGGACAAGUGA